AUGAAGUGUUUCUUCUUCAAAGAGAAAUCCAAAUCUGCUCCUGAAUUGCAGAACCAAGGCAAAAAGAAGAAGAACCCGGCGUCGAAUCGCGCAGCAAACUCUACCGGUUCCGUGUCUUCGUCAAAGAGUGUGAAGGAUUUGUACAAAGAGAAAGAGCAUAGUUUUAGAGUUUUUACUCUUCAAGAACUUAGAGAAGCUACCAAUGGUUUUAACAGGAUGUUCAAGAUUGGAGAAGGGGGUUUUGGAAGUGUUUAUAAAGGAUCGAUUUUGCCUCCCAAUGGACAAGGUGAUCCAGUUCAAGUUGCCAUCAAAAGGCUUAACACGCGUGGAUUUCAGGGUCAUAAAGAAUGGCUUGCAGAAGUUCAGUUUCUCAGCAUUGUUAAUCACCCAAAUUUGGUUAAGCUUUUGGGAUAUUGCUCUGUAGAUGGAGAAAGAGGAAUCCAACGGCUGUUGGUGUACGAGUACAUGCCAAACAGGAGUUUGGAGAACCAUCUUUUCAGUAAAACUUUACCGGUUCUUCCAUGGAAAACAAGAUUGGAGAUCAUGCUGGGUGCUGCUCAAGGAUUGGCUUAUCUACAUGAAGGAUUGGAGAUACAGGUGAUCUACCGAGAUUUCAAAUCUUCAAAUGUUCUAUUGGACGAGGAUUUCGACCCAAAGCUCUCAGAUUUUGGUCUUGCAAGGGAAGGGCCACAAGGGGAUCAAACUCAUGUAUCUACUGCGGUAGUAGGGACACAAGGAUAUGCUGCGCCAGAGUAUAUCGAAACAGGUCAUCUCAAAGUCCAGAGUGACAUGUGGAGUUUCGGAGUAGUACUCUACGAGAUCCUCACAGGAAGAAGAUCAUUGGAAAGGAACCGUCCCACAGCUGAACAAAAGCUAUUAGACUGGGUAAAACAGUAUCCUGCUGACAGUAACAGAUUCAACAUGAUAAUGGACCCACGUCUUAGGAACCAAUAUCCAAACGUUGCAGCACGUAAAAUAGCGAAGUUGGCCGAUAGUUGCUUGAAGAAGAAUCCAGAAGACAGACCUUCUAUGAGUCAGAUAGUGGAAGGGUUGAAAGAAGCAUUGCAGUAUUCAGAAAUUUCAAAUACUCCUCAUGAUAAUGCCGAAUCUUCUCGGUCAAAAUUGGUUCGGAAAGGUCAAUAG